AUGUUCUCUGCCAAGGCUGUAGAUACACCCAUUCCAGUUGCUCCAAAGUUAAGUAAGGUGGAUGCUGGAACUUGUGUUGAUGCUCAAAGGCAUCGAAGUGCUGUUGGGGCGUUGUUGUAUGUCUGUCACACGAGACCUGACAUAGCGUUUGCCGUUCAUAAAGUGGCGCAAUUUAUGCUACAACCCUGUGAGGCACACUGGACAGCAGUUAAACGCAUUUUUCGUUAUCUUAAAGGCACUUUAGACUUUGGUUUGUGCAUUGCUCCUCAACAUGGUCCUAUCUCAUUUCGAGCCUUCACUGAUGCUGAUUGGGAAAAUGACCCAGAUAACAGGCGCUCAAUCUCGGGUUACUGCCUCUUUCUUGAAAAUCAUUUGGUGUUCUGGAAUUCAAGGAAACAGAGGUCGGUGUCCAGGUCAACAGCUGAAGCAGAGUAUAAGAGUCUUGCGGAUGCCACUUCUGAAGUUGUUUGGACGAAAUCUUUACCGGCUGAUAUGGGAGUUCGAUUUGAUCAUCCUCCGACGAUUUGGUGUGACAAUACCAGCACCGUUGCUAUGGUAGAGUAA